UGUGCCAAAAAAUUACAUCACAUGAAACUUACUGGUAGUCACUUUCUCCAGUCCCUAAUGUGAUCUUUAAGAGUGACUGCCAAUACAAUCACAUGAACAAAUUAAUUAAAUAGGGGCUCUAUCUAGCUGUAGGAGUCUUUGACUAUGUAUGUUAAAGAGAUUUCCCUUUUAGAUUUUUUCAUAGACCUUAAUAAGGUGUAAAUAAAUGCACAAGCCUCUUGUCUAAAUUCAUGGUAUAUGUCUAAGAAAAGAUGAGAUGAUGAUCCUUCCUACAACACAACUUGUCUAGUGCCUUAAUUAGUUCCAUUCCCAGACCAAAUCUCUCCUCAUUGUCUCCAUACACAGUUUCUGAAACUUUUUUCUCUCUGCUUCACUACACUUAUUUAUACUUCACCAUUUUCUAGACCUAAGAACUAUUAUAUGUGGCUUUGAUUUCUUGUUUGCUUACAAAGGCCACACUAAUAAAAAUGAUAAGGCAAAGCAAGAUGGCAUUGUGCAAAGGAAAGCGCAGUAAGCGUCCUCGGGCAUCACCGCCCCGGGUGGCGGUUUAUUCGAGCUCCUCCGGGAGCGGGGACGGUGGCAGCAUGUUUUGUCCUUCCGUUGAUCAUUCUCAGGCAAGUUCUAGCAGUCAGAUAUCCACCGAAGAAGACGAGGACGUGGCACAUUGUCUAAUUCUCUUGGCACGUGGCGGUCCUAAGGCGGGGAAGAUGAAAACAGCCAGCACGGCGGCGGUCAGCGGCGGUUACGAGUGCAAGACAUGUAACCGGAUAUUCCCAUCGUUUCAAGCCUUAGGUGGGCAUCGAGCAAGCCAUAACAAGAAACAGAGCACAUCGGAUCACCAAGAAAGCCGCCACAAGGGCGGCGGCGGCGGAAAAACAGAGGACAUGAGAAGUAAUAGGAUUCACGGGUGUUCGAUUUGUGGGUCGGAGUUCUUCUCCGGCCAGGCGUUGGGUGGUCACAUGAGAAGACACCGGCCGUUACAUAUGAACGGUGUUACUGUUAGUACUACGAAAGCCGCCGCGUCCUCCUCCAUGGAUGACGAUGAUCAAGAAAAGCCUGCAACUGGUUUUACACUCGAUCUUAACUUACCAGCUCCAGGUGAAGAUCAAGCUGGUGAUGAUGGUGAUGGUAAUUCCAUGUCAGUAAGUUCUGUCUUCUCCGGCCCGGAUUCGUUGGAUUGCCAUUACUGAUUAAUUAAUUUUAAUUAAUGUAGGUUUAAUUAAUAUUAUGUGGAAGAUUACAGUAGAAUGUAAGUAGAUGGUAGGCCAGUCGAAGUUAAAGCAAUGCAAUUUCUUCAUACAAUGAACAUAUUUAGUUUAUUUUUUAGAAAUUGCUCUCUAAAAAUGCUUUGAAAUUCCAAAAUAUGAAUAUCAUGUUUUUUAUUCUCUGAAUAGGAGUAAUCCGCCAAGUUUGGAAAAAAUGUCAUCUUUUAAAGCCUAGUAAUGUCAAACUUGCCAGAAAUUUACUCUUAUUCAAGAAAUAAAAAACAUGAUACUCCUAUUUUGGAAUUUCAAAACUUUUUUACUUCUAUUUAGG